UUUUUUAGUUUUUACUGUUUACUUUAUCACACCAUUCACACCAUCAGAAAUCAGAGUUUACAAACGUUUAAACGUAUAUGUGUCAUGUGAUUAUGUGAAUAUGUCAUAUGUGUUGGUUAGGUGUAAUUCAUUAGGUAUCCUUUCCCAAUGUCCAACUCAUACCAACAAGAUACCUACUUUUAUAAACCUGUGUACAUUAUAUAAAAGUGACAAAACUCGUGGCUAGUUUGGAAUUUUUUAUAUUAACAAUUAAAUAACCUAAUUCAUUAAGGACGUAUACUUAUUUAAAAUUUAGAACUUUAAUCUAGUCAAAUCAAUUUUUACCAUUACAUUUUAUCAAACUUGACAGGUCACACGUUAUAUGUUUUCAAGAAUCUUCAAAAUGUUUAACUCAAACAUAAAUAAAAUGGAACCAUUACAUUAUCUUGACAUUCCAUCAGAAAAAGCAACCUUUUCUAUGGGCUGUUUUUGGGCUCCUGACAGUCUUUUUGGAUCUACUCCAGGAAUUAUUACUACAAGAGUUGGUUAUGCCGGCGGAACUGAAGGUUUAAUUCCCACAUAUAGAAACAUUGGUGACUAUACAGAAGCCAUUCAAUUACAAUACGACCCAAAUACCGUCUCUUAUUUAGAGUUAUUGAAAAUGUUUUGGGACCAUCAUGAUCCAACUGCAAAGUUUAAAAAGCAAUACUCUUCAUUCAUAUAUUAUCAUAAUGAUCAACAAAAAGCAGAAGCCGAGUUGACUCUAAAUGAGAAGAAAGCCAAGGGUCUUGAUGUCCUGACUAAAAUAGAACCAGCUGGUCAAUUUUUCAAUGCUGAAGAUUACCAUCAAAAAUACCGAUUGCAACAACACAAAAACCUGUGCAACGACCUUGGUCUUAAGACCGGAGAUGAUCUGAUUAAUUCUCAUGUAGCUGCUAGACUAAAUGGUUAUGUUGUUGGUCAAGGAGGAAUUGAUCAAUUUGAUUCAGAAGUUUCAAAGUUAAGAUUAGAUGAAGCAGCAAUUUCAUACAUAAGGCAACUAGUGAUUAAAUAUGAAGGUCAAGGAUUACAUUGCUGAUUAAAAUUAUUUUCAUUCUGUUUUAUAUUUACUAUGUAUUGUGGUAUGUAUAUACCUACAUCUUUUGCACUUUUGGUCUGUUGAAAUUGUUUAAAACUUUUGAAAAUUAAUUAUUUUUUGAAAACCAGUAAUUGAGUAUUAUCGUUGAUUAUAAAUAUUAGUAUUCAUAACUAAUGGUAUUAUACUAUUAUAAUAUAUUAAUAUACAUUAUACAUGCAAGAUGAA